UCUGGCGCCUCCUGGGCACUCGCGCCCACCUCUCCUCCCGGCACGGGCACUUCAGCAGAAAACACUGCUCAGACAAUCUGAUGGAUGAGGAUGAGAAAGACAGAGCAAAGAGAGCUUCACGUAAUAAGUCUGAAAAGAAGAGGCGUGACCAGUUCAAUGUUCUCAUUAAGGAGCUCGGCUCAAUGCUUCCUGGAAACACACGUAAAAUGGACAAAACUACAGUUCUUGAAAAAGUCAUUGGCUUUCUCCAGAAACACAAUGAAUUCUCAGCACAGAAAGAAGUUUGUGAUGUUCAACAGGAGUGGAAGCCCUCUUUUCUCAGCAAUGAAGAAUUCACUCGAUUGAUGUUGGAGGCACUAGAUGGGUUUGUAAUAGCAGUUACCACUGAUGGAAGCAUUAUGUAUGUCUCUGAUAGCAUCACACCUCUUCUUGGACACUUGCCGUCUGAAGUCAUGGAUCAAAACUUGUUAAAAUUCCUCCCAGAACAAGAACAUUCAGAUAUUUAUAAAAUAUUAUCAUCUCAUAUGCUUCUAAUGGAUACUGUCUCAUCAGAUUACCUAAAAUGUAAUGAGGAUUUGGAAUUUUACUGUCAUCUUCUGCGUGGAAGUCUGAACCCAAAGGAUUUUCCAACAUAUGAAUACAUAAAAUUUGUAGGGAAUUUUCUAUCUUACAAUCAUGUGCCUCUGUCUGAUUGCAAUGGCCCUGAUGAUGCUGUUCCAAGGGGUUACAGAACACCCCAAGGAAAACAAAUCUGUUUUGUUGCUACGGUUCGGCUGGCCACUCCUCAGUUUUUAAAGGAAAUGUGCAUAGUUGAAGAACCUUUAGAGGAAUUCACUUCAAGACACAGUUUGGAGUGGAAAUUUUUAUUUCUGGAUCAUAGAGCCCCACCAAUUAUAGGAUAUUUGCCUUUUGAAGUGCUGGGUACUUCCGGUUAUGAUUACUAUCAUAUUGAUGACCUACAGCUCUUGGCACGAUGCCAUGAACACUUGAUGCAAUUUGGUAAAGGGAAGUCUUGCUGCUAUCGAUUUCUGACCAAAGGACAACAAUGGAUCUGGCUACAAACACAUUAUUAUAUCACCUACCACCAGUGGAACUCCAAACCAGAAUUCAUUGUAUGCACUCACACAGUAGUGAGCUAUGCAGAUGUUCGAGUGGAAAGGCAGCAAAAUCUGAUUUUAGAAGAUGCACCUACAGAUAUCAUCUCUUCAAUAUUAAAGGACAGUGUCCCAGAUUUGAAUCCUCAGCAGCAUUUUAAAUCACUUGAAUUAGGCACAACAGUUCUCAACACCAGCCGGAUAUUUUCUAUGCCUUCCCAAGGUUUACACAAAUCUUUGCCUUCAUCCUUGCCUGAAACAACAUCCACAAUAACAAAGCCCAUCCCAGAGUCUCCCUCCUUGGAAAGAUCACCCAGCAUACAGCAGGACUUAUCAAAACAGAGGCCUAACCAACCUUCUACUGCUCAACUCUCUGCCCAGUUUACUAUGUUCCAAACCAUCAAAACCCAACUCGAGCAGCGGACACGUAUACUGCAAGCCAACAUUCAGUGGCAGCAGGAAGAGCUGCAGAAAAUCCAAGAACAGCUUUGCAUGGUACAAGAUUCUAGUAUGCAGAUGUUUUUACAGCAGCCCACAGCAUCUCUGAGUUUUAGCAGUAUUCAGCACCAAGAACCCCAAGGAAAGUCUGUACCUGAUUCUCAGCAGCAGGAGAUUAUCCCAAGGUCCCAUCUUAAAAAGCAGAUUGCAGCUUCACAAACCACAGACCAUCAGCUGAUAGGAGAGGAAGAUGUUCUAUUAAAUCAGGAUAAGAAAUCUGUGAGAACCUCACAAGAGAUUCAAGAUAGCUGUCAUUCUUCUGGCAAUUUGAUUUCGCCCUUGAGCAAUGCUUCUGUGCUCCCACCGUCUUUGGCUAUUGCGCCAUCUCCUGCAGUUGCACAGGAUAGCACCCUCCAGCACAGCCUUACAGACCUGGGCCAUGAUCGACAGCUAAGACUGCUACUCAGUCAACCCGUUCAGCCAAUGGUGCCUGGAUCCUGUCAUGCAAGGAUAACAGAUGUUGAUGCAGCUGGACACAGUGAAAAGUAUUUUCAAAAAAUACAAGCUUGCCAAGGUUUGGAAGCACAGACUUCCAGCAACAGUACACCAGUUGUGCUCAUGAGGCAACCAGUAUUACACCCAGGAUUCUCCGCAGCACCACCAUCUCAACCCUCGUCGUUGCAAUCUAUGCAUCAACAUCUUCCACAGCAAUGCUACCUUCAGGUACAGCCAGCAGACUCUUUGCACAGUGAACAAGCAGAUUCUCUGCUCUUGCCUACCUACUCUCUACCGGAAGGAGGUAUAGAGUACCACCACAUGCCAGUGAAGCACCAACCUGCUGCUGCCAGAAGUACCCUGAGCUUGUCUGAAUCUUUAAAUGUGCAACACCGGCAAUAGACUCUGCCUUCUCUGUCAAUGCACAUUUAGCUUUAACUAGUGGGAGGGGAAUGUUUGUGUUAUAAAGUAUACUAGGAACUUGGUAAGAUAGUGCAAUAAAAUGGAAUGGGAUCAUUUUGCAGGUAUUUGCACUAUUUUGUGGUUAUGUUAUGAAAUAGUAAGACUGUGUUUUAGAUUCCAUCUACAAAGAGUGAAAUAACCAUCUACAACAUCUCAAAGCAGCUGUGUCUUUUCCCAGGAAAGAUACAGCUACUUUAAGAUUUUGCUGGCACUUGCUACGCAUAUGCCAAACACCUUCUGUAGAUGGAAUCUAAAACAUUGUUCAGCAAUAAUGACCACUAAUACUAAUAUGUACCACCACGUUUGAACUGGGGCACUAACUGGUACAUGUUUGUAGAAGAUUCAGCUAAAUAUUUUGAUCAGGAAGUGUUCUCUUCUAAAAAAAAAUCAAACAAAAAAGGUGGGAAAAAAUACUUGGCUUUCACUAUUUUGAUCAUUUAAAAUGAAAACCACUGGUUCAGAAGAUAUACUGAGAAAGAUAUUAUUUUUAUUAUGGUUAAUUGUUAAUUGUUUUGCACAACUGCACAAAGAGCAUAACUUGGCACUUUCAAUUAGGAAAAUUCCUGUUUCAGUGGCCAAACAACCAGUGAGAUACAACACGUUGUCAUUUAUUUAGAACAAUCAACAAAUCUUUAGUCUGUAUACCCUUCGGACUCAUAAACUGCAAAUAUUAAACUUGUUAUCCUCACCCCACCCACUGUUACUACUGUCAAGAAAUUACAAUGGACAGCUUCCUAUUCAUUUAGCGUAGUAUAAACAGUUAACCUAAGCACAAUCAUGCAGCUAUUUAUUCCAAGAUACAGUCAUAUGUUCCAACUCUUUAAAUAUAUUUUUUUCUCAUAAUGGAAGAUUUCCUUCACUAGUCACAGAACAAGCAUCUGAAGAAUAUGCACUGUGCUACAGCCCAUUACAUGAUAAAAUGCUGCAACUAUAUUACAUAUCUAUUUCAUGAUUAUAUUUAGGAUGGAAUUUUCCUUAAAGCGUUGCACUUUGUAUGCUUUAUGUUAAUGUUUCUAAGAGAGAUUUUAUGUUAUUAUAGAGUAAGUAGUGUAAAAAAAGUAGUAAUUAAAAAACCAAAACCCCAACCUAUUUCUAUA